CCCUUAGGAUUUCUUCUGAGACAAUGCAAUCACUGCCCCACAUGAAGUCCUGGAAACCACUGCCACACAUGCCGCCAGACUGCUGACAUUCCCCGUGGCAAGAAGAAAUUGAAAAAAUUCAGAAGGGUGAAACAACAAAGAAGGAUGAGGAAGAGAACUACCUGGAUUUAUUUUCCCACAAGAAUAUGAAACUGAAAGAACGAGUUCUGAUACCUGUCAAACAGUACCCCAAGUUCAACUUUGUUGGAAAGAUUUUGGGACCUCAAGGCAACACCAUCAAGAGACUUCAGGAAGAAACUGGUGCUAAGAUAUCUGUGCUUGGGAAGGGUUCAAUGCGAGAUAAAGCAAAGGAGGAAGAACUGCGUAAAGGGGGAGAUCCCAAAUAUGCUCAUCUAAAUAUGGAUUUGCAUGUCUUCAUUGAAGUUUUUGGACCCCCUUGCGAAGCGUAUGCUCUGAUGGCUCACGCCAUGGAAGAAGUCAAGAAGUUCCUUGUUCCAGAUAUGAUGGAUGAUAUCUGUCAGGAGCAAUUCUUGGAGCUCUCCUAUCUGAACGGUGUACCAGAGCCAACUCGUGGCCGAGGAGUCCCUGUGCGGGGAAGGGGAGCAGCUCCACCACCGCCUCCGCCUGUUCCAAGGGGGCGUGGUGUCGGUCCUCCCCCUCCUCCUCCUCCUCGGGGGGCCCUCGUGCGAGGAGCCCCGGUGCGGGGUGCCAUUGCCAGGGGAGCUGCUGUAGCCCGCGGAGUACCUCCUCCCCCAGCAGUACGGGGUGCUCCUGCACCCAGAGCACGUGCAGCUGGCAUUCAGAGAAUACCGCUUCCUCCUCCUCCCGCACCAGAAACCUAUGAGGAAUAUGGCUAUGAUGAUGCAUAUGCAGACCAGAGCUAUGAGGGGUAUGAAGGCUACUACAGCCAGGGCCAAGGGGACACAGAAUACUAUGAUUAUGGACACGGGGAGGCACAGGAAACCUAUGAAGCUUAUGGGCAAGAUGACUGGAAUGGAACCAGGCCCUCCCUGAAGGCCCCGCCGGCCAGGCCAGUGAAGGGGGCCUACAGAGAGCACCCAUACGGACGUUAUUAAAAAACAAACAUGAGGGAAAAAUAUCAGUUAUGAGCAAACAGUUGUUACUGAUUCUUGUAUCUCCCAGGAUUCCCGUUGCUUUACCCACACCAGACAAGUAAUUGUCUAACUGUUUUUCUUCGUGGCCCUUUUUCUCCCACUCCAUCCUCACCCUGCAUUCUGGCUUCUGUACGUAGUAUUUUAAACUGAGUUAAAUAGAUUUAGAGGACCGACUUUUAAUUUUUUUUUUAAGUGUGUAGAUGGCUUUUCUUUCUUUGUUGUUUAGAUAAACACAACUGUACCUUUUUUAAUAAAAAAAAAAGUUGAGUUAAAAAUGUUAGUUUCAAAAGUGACAUGCUUUGCUUAGCAGUUAUGAGAUUAAGGUUUUGUUAACCUUUUAAGUUUGGUUUUAAGGAACCCAUAAAAGUUGUAGUUGCAGAAUCCCAAAGUAGGCUACAUUUCAAAAUUCAGGGCUGUUUUUAAGAAUUAAAAUCAUAAUGUAACGGUAGUAGCUGCCACCGUUUAAAAGUAACCUCAGAUGUCAAAACUUUCCUUAAAAGCAGAUUGCUGGUGAAUCUUAAGUUUAAAUUUUAAUAUGAAGGAUCCUCAAGCAAAUUAAAUAGCAUUUUUUUAAAGGUAAUUGACUUAAAAGGAAAAAAAAAAACAAAUUAGGUUUGUAAAAUUGACUUUUCUUAUGUGGGUUUUGAAAUCUAGCCCCGAACAUGCAGUGUUGAGAGAUGCUUGGGAAGCAGAUUUUUCCAGUUUAAAGGGGUUCUUAGUUUGGUUCUAUAUGAAGAACUUUUAAGGGAAAACCAAAUUAAAGCAUGGCUCUCAUUGCCCAGUGUUUGAUAUUAGAAAACAGAGUAUUACAUGAGUAGGUCUGAACUCUGUAAAUUUUCUCAUUUUUUAUAGUGCUUGGGCAGAUAAUACAGUGCAAGUUUAAAACUGACAAAAUUGUCAAUAUUAGCAAUCCCAUUGACUUGUUCAAGUGUAUCUCAACACUAGCUUUGCAUAAAAAGGGACACUGCAGCUGAAAAAAAAAAUGAGGAAAAAUUUCACUUUGUACAUAGGAUAAAGUCCUAAUUGGAUUUGUACACUGUCCUCCCACUCUGUUCUUGAAGAUUAAAUGCUACAUGUGUAAGUCUGCCUAAAUAGGUAGCUAAAACUUGUCAAAAUGUCUGCCGCAGUUUGUCAAUAAAGUUUAGUCCUUUUUUAAUCAAAGUAAAUGUGAUGAAUUGUCAUUUUUUUUUGUUGAGCAAUAAAAUAGCUAUUUUUUUUUCAAAUAAAUUUAAAUUAAUGCUAAAGCUAAUUGUCUUUUUAAAACAUGGAGACAUUCUAAAAAUGGUGGUUUUCGUAAUUCUCAGAAAAAGUUUAUCAAGCUCACUGGACGAGCUUAAUUUUUUUUAAAAAAAAAAAAAGAAAGAAAGAAAAAUUGUUUUUCACCCCCUGGAAGUUGUUGAAAGCAGUUUGUUGCUGGACUAUGGCAGAAAUCUGACUUCAGUCUGCUGGAAAGUGUUUACGGUUCUCUGCUGAAUUACUGAUUCAGAUUUCAUGUGGCCUCGCAGAGUAUUCCAGACUGCAGGCUCCAGAUUGAGUCUGAAAUGGCUGGUUUAAACGUAGCGUGACAAAAUGAAUGCUGAAACAUCCGAGGCUUAGCUGCCACCAGGAGGAGAAGGAAACUUGCUUUCUGCUUUACGUAAAUACCCCUUACCCUUGGCUAAGAUGAUGCCCUUCCUACUUUACGGUAGCCUUUACUUGGAAAGCCACUUAAAAACGUAUCUUUGUUUGAGAAGGGUGCUGCAGUUGCUCCUCAUAUCCUUCUGAGAGGGUGUGUCCGUACAGAUAUCUAAUAGCUUAAAGUAAACUGCUGCUUAGACAUGAAAAAUGGUUUGUAUUUCCCAUCUGCAAAAUGAAUCUGGCACUCUAGGGGGAGAGAAUUAAACUGCUCGGGGGUGAAAAAUGGAGCAUUAGGAACCAAACUGCUUGUAGCAGUGCAUGAUUGAGGGGAGUACUUUAAAACAAAAAGUUGUAUUUGUAGAUUGUUAUUAAAGUGUAAAUAACUGAAUUUUCAACAAUGGUUUGGAGUCAGCUUUCAGGGCAUAAUGUCUUGCUUGAUGAAAAGAUCACCCUAUACCCCCCUUUUAAAGGAAAAUUAUCGCAGGAGAAUCAGGAUGUGUAAAGCUAACAUGCAUCGCAAAACCCAAAAGGUAACCUAAAUGUCUGAUUUUAAUAGCACAUUUCUCUUUUACAUAAACUGUGACGGCAACUUGCAUAAACUUUAUUGAAACAAUUCUUCAGAUGUUAAUUUUAAUGUAAAAAUUUGCAAAAAAAAAAAUGUUUAAAAUAAACAUUUAAAAAAAAACCACAUGCUUCUGCAUAAAUUAGCAAUAACUUUAAUAAUGUGCCCUUUGAAAAUGCACUGUAAUGUAAUGUGGGCAAAAAGGAAUCGGCAAGCUUAAAUAUCAAAAGAUGUAAAAUGACAACGAAUAUAGAUAGUCCUGCUACUGCCAAAAAAAAAAAAAAAAAUUCUGCUCAGUUAUUUAAAAAUG